AGACGAGAGGCGAUUUCUGGUGGAUAUGUCUGAGAAGAGCUAUGAAGGCCAAGUAGCUGGACCAGAGAUGUUCAACUAUGGACCGUUUUGUUCACUGGUCAUCCCAGAAGAAACACCAACAGGAGCAAUAGCUGAUCUUGAUGGGGAUGGCUUAAUGGACCUCACCCUCUUGUUCCUCUACCGUGGAUUCAAACAUGACGAUCUCGGCAGAUUCGUGAGUGUCAAAUACUCCAUCGAAUUAAUGAAGGUUAAUCUCGAGUAUGACUUUUUGCUUUAUCCCCAAGUGUACAUGGAUGGCAAAGUUGGCAAGCAGGGCACAACACAUGUGAAUGAGACAGAUGUUCCCAUGCGGCAAGUCAAGUUCUUACCCUACGAGAAACAACCUUGGACAUCGUAUCUGGGGAAAAGGGGAAAUGGUGUUUACAAUCCAUAAUAGUAUGGAGGUGUCCGACCUCUUGGUCCGAGUCCGUAACAUUCCUGGUUUCCUGCUUUCCAAAGGGCACAGGCUUUGUGGCCGGUUACAAUUGUAACAAUUAAUCCAACACCUGAGAAAAUCACAAGGUUUCCUGCGUUUGCCAGCCAUUCUUGCUGAACUAGAAAACAAGUUUUAAGUCUAAUGUUUUCUUUAUCAGAACUAAUCAACUUUUGAAAUGCGGGUGCCCAGAUUUCAAUGUUUAGGGCU